CCGCAAGUUCCACGCUACCCAAAGUGAGUUGAUUCCUCGACGAUUACAGCUGGCGGCGGCAAUUUAUCGACUAAACUGAGGCGAUUUAACUCUAGCCCCAGAUUAACCGAUGCGUUACGGGGCGUCCCGCCUGUUUUAGACGCGGUCGCGAUGUCGGACGGCAAUCUGAUGAUGUACGAGACGCAGCACUUUGGCUUCACGCCGCAGUCGUGCCUGGACGGCAUGUACAACGCGGUGCAGGAGUACAUCUACAGCGUGCUCAAGGCGGUGGAGGACUGCGUGCUGGAGAACGUGGCGCGCGGAGCGAGCCAAUCCUCCUCCGUGGAGAAGGUCCGCCAAGGCACCCAGCUGCUCAUCGACCACAUGAAGUCGCAGCUGGACAUGACGUUCGAGCUGAUUGAGAUCUACAUGGCGGAGCGCGUCUUCACGGUGCCGCCCGGCGUGCUGCUGCCCGAGGACCAGCUGCACGCCGCGCCGCUCGCCAACGACGCAGACGAGGAGCGCCAGCUCGACACCGAGCUCGCCAAGAUGCGCAGUCGGCACCGGCAGGAGAUGGACAUCCAGGGUCGCUUGCAGGCCGAGCUGGAGGAGCAGCGCGCGGUGCAGGAGGCGCUGGAGGCCACGCUACGCCGUUUUGACGACCUGGAGCGGGUUUGGCGCGAGCGCGUGGGCACAGACGCGGCGCAGGCGCUCCGCUUCUGCCUGCAGCGUGCGCAGCAGCUGUGCGAGCGGGCGGGCGCCAUGCGCGCGCAACGGUCGCUCGCACAGGAGCCCACGGCGGCGGCGGCGCCACUAGCGGCGCCACCAGCGGAGUGAUGAGUGCCGUCGCUCUCGUUACCGUCGUUACCAAGGUUGAAUUUCUCGCCGAAUGUAUCGCGGGUCGCUGGCAGGACUGGAGAGUGUUGUGUGCGCGUGACUAGUAGUAGCCACAGCCGUAGCGAGGGGUGGUAUGCUGGAUGUGGUGUGCCAGGUCGCAGGCCCGGCUGAAAUUAAGCCACUCCCUCGAUUCCAUAUGCUUAUGGGAAGUUUGGGGCCCGGAGGGAUUGAUUGCACUGCUGUUGCUGUCGUACAGCGGUGGAUUUUCACGAAAGUAAAUUCGAUAAACCCUGGUAGUGGAAAAGAGGGUUGGUUGUCGGCAGGCUAACACAGUUUGGUGCUGCCUGUAACCCAGCGGUUUUCAGCGUGUUUAGGAAGCAGCGCCUGAGUGGCGGCUUUUGAGAAUGAAUUGGCGCCACCACCAAAAAUCGUAUUUGUUGGCAUUGUGUGCCAGAUGUUUUGGAAGGUUUCCAUGUUCGAAAUGCAGCCAGUUACAAAAAUUUAGAUCCACAAGUGGGCGAGUGCGCCGUGGCCUGAACACACGACCGGUCAGAGGCAUCGCAGGCCACGACCCAGGGCCAUGUGACGAUUCAUCGAUUAAAAUUGAUUCUUCCACCCGACGUGAAAUGCGGAGAAUAAUUACGCCUGUAAUAUUUAUUGUUUAACAUUCGUGGAAUUGACAUACUCGCGUUACGUUUUAGGCUAACGGAGUGAACGGACUAUGUAAAAGAUAUAUGUGACAACAAUUUGUGCUGUUUAAAAAAUAUAUAAUUUGCAUUGUGUACUGUUUUAAAUAUCUUCCUACCCACAAUAGUGCCACAUGACAUUACUUUUUGUUCGGGUGGGAAGUAGCUCGAAAGUGAUGUCAUUUUUUCAGGUUAAUCCGGAGCAAAACAAAAUCCGGAUCUUUAGAAAUGUUGUAUAUAGGUUCGAUAUUUUGAUGGGGCAAUUAAGAGAGUUUCUGUAGUAUACGAUAUGAAAAUUAAAUGUGGGACUUGCAUUUAGUAGCUUGCAUUGGUGUCAAGGCAGUCAGGUUGGGGUGUGCAGUGUACCCCAUUGCAAAGUGAUACGUAAUAUU